CAUAGUUAAAUCGUAUUAAUUUCGGAGUUAUCAUCAAGAAAUUAACUUAGACGAGAUUAAAUAAAAUCAAACAAAGUAAAAAUAACACCUCAAAUAACUUAAGCAGAUUAAUUGGACUUUUUUCAAAGAAACACACCUUAAAAUUGAACAAUAAAAUGGCGGAUCAAAAAGCAAAUUUGGGAGUAAAGCGUCAACCAGAAGGAACAAACGAACCAGAGCCAAAGUAUCCACGAACUGGCUCAGUAACCAAUACAAAGAAACUGACGGAUGUAGUUGAUGAUUGUCUAGAGCGAAUCUUUAUGCAUUUGAGUGUGGAAGAUCUCUUGAACAUUGCCCAUACAAACAAACAACUUAUACCGGCCGCUGACUUGGCAUUCCAGCGAAAAUUUGGCAAAAUGGAAUUUCAACUAAAUAACAAGAGAUAUUAUUAUUCAAGCGGCGACAAUAUUAAAAUCAACGACAAGAAAACUCAAUUGCGAUUGUUACGUUGUUUUGGACAUUUUAUCACAAAGCUGGACCUACAACAAUCUGAUGAAUUUGGCAAGAAGUUGGUUGACUAUGCAAAUGAAUACUGUUUUGAAUCGUUAACUGCCAUCAAGAUUCGUUGGCUUUACAUCAGAAACGAUAUGCUGCAAAAGCCAUUUUCAAACAUUGAAGUUGUUGAAUUGAAAGAAUGCAAAUUGUAUGCAGAUACGAAUUUUAAGAAAUGGUUUCCGGCAAUGCGUCGUUUGGAAUUGAAUUGGUCUUCGCCAUUUACCAAAGGAAUGUUCAUCGUGAAGAAUAUACCACAAUUGGAACAUUUGGCAAUUCAUUGUAACCGCAAUAAACCCUCGGAAAAUAUUUGUACUUCCUUGCGAAAUAAUCCACAACUUCGCAGCGUAUAUUUGUGGGUGUAUCGUCUACCAAAAGAUUUCUGGAACACAUGUCAAACACUUGCUCAAUUGGAAUGUCUUAAGAUUUAUUCCAAUGCCAACUUUGCACAUGUUGACACUGUAAUCAAUUUUCAUGCGUUGAAAAAACUGGAUAUUCACACUGAAGAGAAUGAUCUACGUUUGAUGGCUUUAGAAGAAAAUGUGAUAACGUUUGAUCAGCUUAAAGAUAUCACAUUACAUUACAAAUUUGAUUUGUUGCCGUCGAUUGACUCACACAAAUGGUCGAACUUCUUCAAGAGAAAUCAGUCGAUCGAAAAAGUUACAUUGUGGUCAUUUAUUACCAGCGAGACCAGCGUUACCAUUAUGACUGAAGCUGUACAGAAUUUGCCACUUCUGAAGGAAUUCAACCAUUUCGGAUAUGGUUACACGGUUAAUGAGAUACUUCGUUCCAUCGGAAAAUUCAGUUUGUUGAGCUAUGGUUUCCAACUCAAUCGCGAUUCCUUUUUCGAUGAUUUGAAAAAGCGUCUGGGCGCAGAAUUUCAUGCAUCGAUAUGUGAACAUGAGCAUAAAUCUUCGCCUGGUUCGCGUAUAAAAGUCAAUCGCAGGUAGUGACACAUCCAGAACUCAACUUCAAUGCAAACAGUUUAGAAACUAAGCGAGCAACAUUUUAAUUAACAAUGAAAAUGAAAUUGCGUCGCAAUUUUGAUAUUAUU